AUCAAUUGUCACACUAUUCAAAGACGAAGCAAUGGAGGUGCAGUCGGACACAACCGAUAACAAUGUGCAAAUGGCGGAUUCAGUUUCCAACGAGGACCUCGUCGAAUCCAGAUACACUUCACCUGAUCAGUUGGCUGAUACAUUAGCCACCCUGUCCGGUCUCCCGGUCAGUCAUUUGACCAAUUUUCUCAAUUUGGACACGGUCAUGGAACGAAAUCGGCGAGCCAUCGCAGUUCAGUCGGACAGCCAAAAUCAAACUGCAUUGCCCUUCUUCCUUCCGGUCGCGGAGACCGAGAAGGGUUUGGCCUGGGUCGACCAAUCGGCUGGCGAUGGUCAGUCGAUUGCAGGUGAAGGGAAACCGCAGCAGUCCGGUCCUCGUGUUGCUGCACAGAAGCGUCGUUUGGACGAGGAGAAUUUGACCGCGAUGGAACCCGUGCCCGGUCUCGGCACUCGUCUGAUUCAGGCCAGCACGAAUGCCGAA